AUGGAUACUGCAGAAAUCUCCAAAGCCAAAAUGGUUUCAAAAUCCCGUGAUGUGGAGUCCUCUUGGGAUGAUGAUUUCAAAAAACUGGUGCAAACCUUCCCCAAAGAAAAAGGCUGGCUAGGAUCCGAUCUUUAUUUCUAUCAAGGUUUUUGGUACACCUCUCGUAUUCUAAAAGAUUUUAUUUCUUUCCAAAAACAUUUUCAAGCAUUUAAUUCUGAUAUCAUCAUUGCCACUACCCCAAAAUGUGGUACUACUUGGCUCAAGGCCUUGACUAUCUCCACUUUGUACCGCAAUCAGUUCCCAUGGGAUGAAAAUCCAUUGCUCACCUUUGGCCCUCACCAACUUGUUCAUUUCUUCGAGUAUGAUCUUUACUUGAACAACCCUUCUCCUGAUCUUCAAAAUGUUUGUGUUUAUCAGCCAAGGCUUCUUUCCACCCACGCCCCUUAUGCUUCUUUGCCAACUUCCAUUAAGGAUUCCGGCUGUAAGAUUGUUUACAUAUGUAGAAAUCCCAUGGAUACGUUCAUUGCUCUUUGGCAUUUCGCUGCCAAGCUCCAAGACAAAAACCGAGAGUCACUAUCACUAGAUGAAGCUUUUGACAAGUUCUACCAUGGAAUCUCUACGCAUGGACCAUUUUUUGAUCAUGUAUUGGGAUAUUGGAAGGCAAGCCAAGAAAAACCCAACAAAAUAUUGUUUUUGAAAUUUGAAGAUCUUAAGGAAGAUACCGGUUCCCAUUUGAGAAACUUGGCCAUGUUCUUAGGAGUUCCUUUCACAGAUGAUGAAGAGAAACAAGGAAUUAUUGAAAAAAUAGCGAAAAUUUGUAGCUUUGAGAACUUGAAAGAAUAG